AAUUACAAAAAUGACAAAAAUGACAAAAAUUACAAAAAUGACAAAAAUGACAAAAAUUACAAAAAUGACAAAAAUGAAAGCUGAUCAUUGAAAGCAUUUCCAAAUAUCACGAGUUUACGUCAAAAUCAACUUGUAAACGACCGAUCAAAGGAAAUGCGGAAGGUUUUUAGAAAUAUUUUAGAAAAAAAAAUUCUCCUUUACUUCAAUUUAAUAAAAAUUAUACAACAUCGAAUUCGCUGUGGUUGGAUCUGAUUACAUUUUUAAUAAUGAUUCGCGUUUAAAAAAUGUUUUAAAAACAUUCAUUUCUAGAUGUUAUUUUUCGAGUGUGUAAAAAACGGCGCCAAGUUAGGUUAUCGAUCACCCAAGAGCACAUUUCGUAUUUCAAUGUGUAAUGUUUGUUAUUGUUUUGAUUCUGAUCCCGAUAACCGGCGCGUGGCGGUUGAUGUCCACCGUUUUUAUCCGGGUUUUAACUUGUUUUGCAUGAAGUCGUGUAAAUUUUUAAAGUGAAAACAAAUUAGAAUGUCCUCGGAGGCAGAAUCCGAUUGUCGGGAAGUGGAAGCUGAAGAUACAGACGGCCGGGAAGAUGUCGUUGAUCUGGAUACUCGAUUGCGGGCCAUCAAUAAAGAAAUCGAAGGAAUCGAUCAGGAAAUCAAACUGCUGUACAAACGGCGCAAAACGUUAGAAGAUCUGAAGGAGAAGCUACGUAUCCAGAAGGUUCAACAUCGGUCCAAUGAGUUGGCCAAAAAAGAUUGGGAUACGGAGGGAUUCAGUUGGUCCAGGGAGGUGAGACGAGUGUUGAGGGAUGUUUUUCAUAUGAGGGAAUUCCGUUCACAGCAGCUUCCAGCCAUAAAUGCUGUUUUGUCCAAGCAUGAUGUUUUGCUUUUGGCUCCCACGGGAGGAGGAAAAAGUUUGUGCUAUCAACUGCCAGCCCUGGUUGCAGAAGGGAUGACGAUGAUCAUAUCUCCGCUGAUUUCGCUGAUGGAAGAUCAGGUGUGGGCGUUGAAGAAGAACGGAAUAAAAGCCGAAUAUUUGAGCGCCACAAUGGACAAAGAAACGUCCAACGAUGUGCACAAGCACUUGAGGGAGGGGGACCACGAAAGCUUGCGGUUGCUUUACAUCACGCCGGAGAGGAUUUCCAAGAGUAAUCGAUUUAUGGCCGCAUUGCAGAAAUGUUACAACUUGAAGAAGCUGGCAUUGAUUGCCAUUGACGAAGUUCACUGUUGCUCACAGUGGGGUCACGAUUAUCGACCGGAUUACAAGCUGCUGUCGGUGUUAAAGAAAAUGUUUCCGGAUGUACCGAUUCUGGGAGUAACGGCAACGGCUACAGCCAAAGUAAUCGGCGAUGUACAAAAAAUGUUGAACCUGCGAGAAUGUCUGAUCUUUAAUGCACCUUUCAAUCGACCGAAUCUAUACUAUCACGUGCUGGAAAAACCGGCCGAUAAAGAGGAGAUGUACGAACUGCUGGCAGAUCUUUUGAAGCGCAAGUACCGAAACAUGAGCGGUAUAAUCUAUACUUUUUCCGUUAAGGAUACCGAGGAAAUUUCCACCCAGCUGUUGCAACAGGACGUAAAAGUGCAUCCGUAUCAUGCAUACCUGGAUCCGAAGCAGCGCAGCAAAACUCAUCAGAAAUGGAUGCGGAACGAGAUUCAGGCGGUCGUUGCGACCAUUGCUUUCGGGAUGGGAAUUGAUAAGCCUGAUGUACGUUUCGUUAUUCACCAUACGAUGAGCAAGAGUAUGGAGAAUUUUUACCAGGAAAGUGGUCGUGCCGGGCGAGAUGGAAAACGAGCGGAUUGCAUACUGUUGUAUCGAUUUCAGGACGUGUUUCGACUGUCGACGAUGUCCUUCCAGGAGUACGAAGGCUUAUCGAACGUUUAUUCGAUGGUCAAGUACUGUAUCAACGGAAAGAGUUGCCGCCGAUUGUUGAUAUCUCGCCACUUUGCGGAAGUUUGGGACGAUACUCACUGCAAUCGGUUGUGUGAUCGAUGCUUUUAUCGAGAUAGAGUCCAUUUACCUGAACAAGACAUCAGUACCCACUACCAGACGCUGUUGGCCAUUCUGCGUCGUGCUGAUACAUUGCAAACGAAGCUGACAGCCCUGAAGCUCGUCGAUGCUUGGUAUCACAAGGGCAGUCCGAAAAAUCGUCUAGAAACACCUCCCCCUUUGCUGGAUCGCUACAUCGGAGAGCAGAUAGUGGCCUUCCUGAUCAUUAACGAUUAUCUGAAGGAAGAGUUUCAGUACAAUCCUUACACCACACUGAGUUACAUCGCAAAGGGAGAAGCGAUAGUCGGCGAUGAAGGUAUUCGCUUUCAACCGGCUCGGGUUCUACGCGUUCCAACAGACACUCUAACGACCGCUGAGCAGAACGAGCAACGAGUGACACAAGGAACGAAAAGGAAAUCUGAUUCCAGUGGCCACAAAAGGAAGGCGCAGUCGGAAUCCGGCCAAGCGAAUGGGGACACUAUUUCGAUUGCAAGUCGGGAAUCGAGCGUCAGUAGCGCUGUCAGCAAAUCAAGUAGUAAUAAUACAAAUGUGAACGACUCCGAAAAGAAACGACGGAAGCAUGAACGUCAACUCAGCAAAUCGGAACAACUACUGGUUAAAAAGGAACUACUCAAUAGGAGCAUACAGGAGAAGGACGUUCAAGAGGAUAAUCAGGAAGUUCUUUUUGUUCCAAACGAAGAGGAAGUGAUCGUCAUAGAUGAAACAUAAAUCUAGAAAUACCUACAAUUAAGAAAAGAUUGUUUUAUUUUGUAAAAAAACAUUAAAAUGUGAA